AUGAGCGGCGAGUAUCCACCGCCGGCGGGGGCAUGGACCACCGGCCUCUGUGGCUGCUUCAGCGACUGCAAGAGCUGUUGCCUGUCGUUCUUCUGCCCGUGUAUCCCGUUCGGACAGGUGGCAGAGGUCUUAGACAAGGGCGUCACAUCCUGUGGUCUAGCCGGCCUGAUCUACUGCUUGCUGCUGCAUGCCGGGGUGUGGCUGCUCCCGUGCCACUGCCUCUACACCUGCACCUACCGUCGCAAGCUCCGGGCGGCGUACGGCCUGCCGCCGGAGCCGUGCGGCGACUGCUGCGUCCACUUCUGGUGCGGCCCAUGCGCGCUCUCCCAGAUGUACCGAGAGCUCAAGAACCGGGGCGCCGACCCGGCUGAUGGCUCGAGGGAGUAG